CCUCUAGGAUCUAGGGAAAUAUGGAUUGCUAUUUUACAAUGCAUUAUUCAUGAUAAUACCUCUUACUGUUUUGUGGUGGUAUUCUGGAGAGAUACAGAAGACUGUGGCUUUUUAUAAAUGGCUAGAUGUCAUGUUCCUGACUUCAUUCCUUCUUUCAUGUUUUAUGGGUUUUAUACUGAUGUAUGCUACUGUUUUAUGUACAGCUUACAACUCUGCUCUCACAACUACUAUUGUUGGUGUCGUUAAGAACAUUUUGGUUACUUAUGUGGGAAUGUAUUUAGGUGGAGAUUACAUCUUUAGUUGGACAAAUUUUAUUGGCUUGAAUAUUAGUAUGUGUGGCAGUUUAGUUUAUUCGUAUAUAACAUUUUUCCAAAAAGAUGCUCCAAGUCCAAAGCCUGCAGCGGUUAAUAGGGAUGUUUAACCAAGACCUGUUCAUUUAUAAGUGCCACACCAGUGCCUGUACUGAAUUGCCAAAGAAAUAUCAUAUUUAUAUAAAUUCAAUUGUUGUGUUUCCAGUUUAUUUACUCAAAUUAUUGAAGAUCAUUUUCAUGUGCAACAAUUUUUUUUUUUUUUAAAUUUACAGUGAAUAUAUUUGUAUAUAUUUUUUAGGAAGUAUGUGGGUUUUUGUGUUAAGGCAGUGAAUAGUUUAAUUUAUAUACAUUGGUGGAUAUACAUUUUUUUCCUUGUUCUUAUUCUGAUCGAGAGAAAUGUAAAAAGUUAUUUAAUACUUAUAUGUAUGUUUUAUUAUUGUGCAUUUAUACCAGAAAAGUGUUCAUCUAUUUGUACAUAUAUUUUAAUAAAUGAAAGUAAUAUGAAGAAUAAAUAGUAAUAUGAAGAAUAAUUUUAAAAGCAUUAAUAGAUAUUAAUAAAAUAUCUAUUAAUGCUUUUAAAAUUUUUUUUUUGAAAUUUUUAAUUGAACAACUAUUGCAUUUACUAGUUUUUUUUAAUUUCUUUUCUAUAAUGAUCAUUAAAAAUCAUAAAAUGAAUAAGAAGUAUUAAAUGCUCUUGAGAUUUCUACAUCCUUAUGUGUUAUGGAUGAUCAUUUUUGUUUUAUUUAUUUAUUUUAGUGGCUAAGAUUAUAUACUUUUGUUUAUUUUUAUUUGGGAAAGUUUUUUAAAUUAAAGAUAUUUUUCAUAUUUCUGUGACAAAAAAAAAAAAAAAAAAAAAAAAGGGGGGGGGGGGGGCAUUGUAAAGCAGAAAUGAAAAAAUUUUCAAAUUAUCAUUUUCAGUUGUUAAAUGUUACAUUUUGACUUAAAUGCAACAUAAUUUAUCUAAAGACAU